GAGCUGAAUUAACAACCAGCUUUUUACCUUAGUUAGUCAAAGCAAAAAAGAGACAAGGAAGAAGAAAGUUGCAUUCACUUUCUGCAUCACGUAUUUGCAUCACUAUCUGUUGCUGUUGCUUUGGUGGCCUGAGCAUCAUUUUUUCUCCUUCCAGCCUCUAUCACUUGGAGACCAUCACUAGACAUAAAAGUGUGGUGUCUGAUCAUCCCUAAGCUGUUUGGAUUCUAGAGCUUUGGAAAUGGUGUCACUAGCUGCGGCAAGAUGUAACCAUGCUGGUACCAUGCUGGGAAGACUUGUCUGGAUUCUGCUUCUCUUUGGCCUGCUGCUAUUGAGUGGAUUUUGUGAAGCUUGCAAGAAAAUUACUUUUAAUGUUCCUCAUAAACUUGAGGCUGCAAUGUUUAUUGGCAGAGUAAACAUGAAACUGUGUUUCCAGCAUUCUGGAGUUCUUAGCUCAAACAAUCCCAGUUUUACAGUUCUAAAUGACAGUUUGUUGUAUACCACAACUGCUAUGUCCUUGUCUUCCCAUGAAAACACCAUUGCCUUAUCCUUUAAAGGCAUUGAUGAAAAUGAACCAAGGAUGAUAUAUGUUAAUUUGCAAACAUAUCCAGGAAAGGCAGCAAGGGAUAAUGCACGACAUAUACGAGAGACUGUUGUUAGUCGAACCAAACGAAGAUGGGCUCCUGUCCCAACUAUCAUAAUGGAAAACUCACUGGGACCAUUCCCAAUGCAAAUUCAACAGUUAUCUUCUGACAUGGCCCAAAAGUAUAACAUUAAAUAUUCCAUAACUGGUCCUGGUGUUGACCAAGUACCACUACAUUACUUCUACAUUGAGGAAGACACUGGAAACCUCUUUGUUACCUGCCCCAUAGACCGAGAGGAAUAUCCAGAAUUUCAGCUGAUUUGUUAUGCAGUGACUUCAGAUGGAUAUACACCAGAAGUACCACUUGUGCAUAUUAUCAGAAUAGAGGAUGAUAAUGAUAAUGCCCCGGAGUUUGACCAUGAUAUUUAUACUUUCCGCGUUCUUGAAAACAGUAGAAUUGGAACACUAGUUGGACAAGUGACUGCAACAGACAAGGAUGAACCAGACACCUUACAUACCAAACUGAAAUACCGAAUUUUGUCCCAGCACCUUCUAAGUCCUCAGACCUCUGCCCUAUUUGCCAUACAUCCAGACACAGGGUGUAUCACUGUAGCAUCACCACAUCUGGACAGAGAGACAACAUCUGAAUAUUUACUACAAGUAGAAGCAAGAGACAUGGGCGGCCAGGAUUUUGGAUUGUGCACUACAGCAAAAGUGCUAAUAGUGAUUGGAGAUGUAAAUGACAAUCCUCCACAAUUACAACAAACCAUGUAUGAAGUGUCUCUGCUUGAAAACACAGUAAAUGCAGAACUGUUAUGCAUCCCUGUGUCAGACAGUGAUGAACCUGGGAGACCUUCAUGGUUGGCUUCAUUCACUAUCAUAAAGGGAAAUGAAGACAACAGUUUUGCUAUUAAUGUUGAUGAAGAGAGAAAUGUUGGAUGUUUAGUUGUUUUAAAGGGACUAGACUAUGAAAAAGCCAAGGAAAGAAGAUUAGAAAUUGUUGUGAAUAAUGAAGCUCCUUAUGCACCUGCACCAAAUGCAAGGGCCAUUUCAAAAAGUAUGGUCACUGUUGUGGUCAAUAUUAAGGACCAGGAUGAGGGACCAGUAUUUGAGCCCUGUGAAUACAAUUUAUACAUAAAAGAAGGUUUGCCAAGUGGAACAGUGGUUGGAAACUACAAAGCAAAGGACCCAGAAACCGGAAGUAGUGAAGGCCUAAGCUACAGACUAAUAAGUGACCCAUGCAACUGGAUUAUCAUUGAUCGCAGAGGAGAUCUAACACUUACUAAAGUUUUAGACAGAGAUGUACCAGACAACAAACAAAAUCAAUGCAAUGUUACAGUCUCUGCUACUGAUCAAAGUGGUAAAUCAGGUAUUGGUGAAAUUAUGAUGACACUAAUAGAUGAGAAUGACAAUUACCCUGUGGUUACCAGAAAAAAUUACACCAUGUGCAAGAACAAAAAACCAGUUUGUGUUACAGCCGUUGAUAAAGACAUACCUCCCAACACUACACCCUUCCACUUUGAAAUAGAAAUGCCAACAGACUCAACAUGGAAAAUAACACCACAUGAAGAUGCAUCAGCUUUGAUUUUACCAGUGGCAGACAUAGACUAUGGCCAUUAUCCAAUUCUCCUCAGAAUAUAUGAUAAUGGAGGUUCAAGUGGAACAAGUGAAAUACUGAUACACUAUUGUGACUGUGUCAUUCCAAGUGAAUGCCUAAUGGCUGCAGUUCCUCCCCUGAAUGCUGCUGUAGAUUCAUCUUAUGCAGAAUAUAGUACAUCUUUUGUUCCUUGGGGUGCUGUUUCAACAGUAUUUGGAUCAGCAUUACUGAUGUUAGGUAUGGGUGCACCAGUUGGUUAUUGGUAUCGCAAAAGAGGUUCCACACCUCAUGAAGUUCCUGAUGAUGUAGCUUUUCCUAACUUAAUUACAUCAAAUACUGAGGCACCAGGAGAUGGACUGACGGAUGUGAAUAUAUUUCCUGUGAAAACUGUGAGUGGAUCUAUGAGCACAGUUCUUGAAAGAAAUGAGAAGGGAGAAAGUGUGGCAAUGGUGAAGGGAGAAAGAGGUUCCACGGCAGAAUUAGUCAAAGGGGGAAAAUGCCACAUGUCUGGAUCUCUGCGACAAAUUGCACUACCACUGAGGAAUUCAUAUAAAGAUAUCUGUGCAGAAUGGCAGGAUUUCACCAAUCCUCACUUAUCUGAAAUGGUGUAUCUUUGUGGACAGGAUGAAGAGGGUAAGCAUGUUGAAGAAUAUCUACUUCCAUAUACCUAUGAAGGAAAAGAGUCACCAGUUGGCUCCCUAAGUUCUUGUACUGGUGAGUCAGAAGAAGAAGAACUUGAUUUUUUGAAUGAGCCAGAGCCUCCAUUUAGGACAUUAGCAGAAACCUUUGCAACUUCAUUGGGAAGUACUCCUGAUCAAACAGCAUUGAAAUGAAUGGAUUCUCCUCUGUGGUUUUUAUGCAUCUGUGAAGGAUUUGGGCAGGAAAAUCUUUCUGUGGCUUUUGCUUAUUCACUUUUGCUGUUUUUUCUUUUAAAAAGAUAUUUAAGUAAAUUGGAAUAUUUUUUAAAAGUCAUUAUUAUAUAUUUAAAACAAUUUAUUUAAAAACUCAAAUCUUCUAUGGAAUUUUACCAAAUAUAUUUUAAUCUUAUAUGGAUAAGAUUGUUCCAUUCAAUGGGUGCUUAUCUUUGAAAUACGAUUAAAAAAAUUAAGUCUCAUAAUUCCAAAAAAACAAACAAACAAAAAAACAAAAUCCUGUUAUGUAAGGACUUUGAUUUUAGUCUUUAUGCAGCUAAUACAUAUGCAGCUAAACUCAGGUCAGUAUAUUAUUGGACCAAGACUUUAUUUGCUGGUAUAGUCUGACAACAUUGGACUACCAAUCUGCAAAACUGGAGGCCCCAGUGAUGCAAUGGUUAAACCCCUGUAACAGCAGGACUGCUGACUGAGAGGUUAGUGGUUCAAAUCUGGGGAAAGCGGGUUGAGCUCCCUCUGUCAGCUCCAGCUCCCCAUGCGGGGACAUGAGUGAUGCCUCCCACAAGGACAGUAAAAAAUCAAACAUCUGGGUGUCUCCUGGGCAAUGGCCUUGCAGACAGCCAAUUCUCUCACAUCAGAAGCGACUUGCAGUUUCUCAAUUCGCUACUGACAUGAAAAAAAGAAAACAAAACUGGUUUAACUAGUAGGUCAUAUACAGUAAUAGUGGUAAUGAGAUGAGAAAGGUUUAGUUGUGCCUUAUAUUCCCUUUGACCAUUUUCAUGCCUUGUGAAAGUGCCUAUUGACAAAGGUAUGGAGCCACAAUAGAUAAGAACACAGACAUUAAGACUAUAAGUCUGAAUAUUUCUUACCAUUAAUUUAACUAGUGUUCAUGGGAGCUAUAGUCCAACAAGACCAGGGACAUGAGAGAAGCCUCUCACAAGGAUGGUAAAACAUCAAACAUCCUUGCAUUCCCUGGGCAACGUCCUUGCAGACGGCCAAUUAUCUCACACCAGAAGUGAAUUACAGUUUCUCAAGUCACUUCUGAUACUUUAGGAAACUUACUGAAUGAUGACCCCACCUAUUUAUUUUUCAAUCAAGUUGUGAUUUAUAUUGAACGUUUAUUUUAUUUUGUGAAUUAAUACAUUUUAUGCUGUAAAACUGCUUUGUUGUGUUAUUAGAUAUAUAAAUCUUAACUGUAUUGUUAAUAAUAGUAAUAAUAGUAAUAUUAUUAGUAAUAGUAAAAGGCAAAGAUGACUGGAUUGUAGAAAGUAUUAUUUAAUUUAGCCUCUUUGAAAAGAAAAACAACUCUGAUGAACUGAUAUAUGUAUAUUAAAAUUCUUACUUAUAGCCAGUACAUAAUUAAAUAAGCUCAGGUCCAAUUGCAAUGUAUAAUUAAUAUUUAUAUGUAUAUAACUGAACACAGUUAUAAUAUUUAGAAUGUACAGUGUUAACUAUGACAAUAUUAAAUUAUUAAAAAUAAAAAAACUGUUUCAGAGCCACUGAAACAAACAUAAAUACAACUAAUUUAUCUUUGAAGCAGACUACAGAUGUGUCCAGAUUACUUGCAUGGAAACUGGCUUCCCUGGUCAUUUUAUGUAAUUCCUCCUGCAGCAAAAUAAAAUAAAUGCAUAAAAUAGAUAAAUUAAUGUGGCCUCAUGCCAUGAAAGCACCUGAAGUUAAGUAAAUGCAUGCUGCCAAAUCUUGCGAAAACUGAUUAAUUCAGGAACAAAUGAACAUUGUUUUUAUAUAUAAGAAUGGAUUUUUCUUAUUUUGCAUGGUAAACACGCUGGCAUUAUUUUUCAUAGUAAACACGCUGGCAUUAAGGGACUUUAAAGGGAUUCUUUUUUGUGAACCUAUAAUAGCUGUCACAAUCAUAUGGUCAAUUUACGAUGUUUGUUUCAUGUGAAUGUUUCAUCCUAUCCCUAUUGUGUGAGUGCUUGAAUGUAGCACUUAGAAAGGUAGUAAGUGUUCUGCUUACACCCCACUUAUCUUAAUAACAAGCUGGUGGCCAGUAUAUAAUAAUGGGAUUGAAAAUAAUAUGGAGCACAACAGAACUGCUGCAGGUGUGGAUUACAGGGCACCUACAUUGGCACAAUCUGACUAUUGUAACUAUAUAUUCAAUAUGUAAGACAAACCUGUAAAUGUGCUUAAGUGGUUCACUGUGAUAGGAAAAAGAGUGUGCUAUAAAAUUAUGGUGCUAGUUUUUAGGGUCUUAAAAAUAAGAUCAAUGGAGUUAAUAACAAGCAUUUAAAUUAUUGUGUAUAAUUAUGAUGACAACAAAGGACCAGCUGUGUGUCAUUUUCUUUAGUGGCAUAACCAUCAGUAAAUGAAGAACUAAGGCUCCAUCUACACUACUAUAUAAAAAUUCAGAUUAUCUGUUUUGAACUGGAUUAUAUUAGUCUACACUGCAAUGUAAUCCAGUUCAAAACAGGUAAUCUGGAUUUUAUGUGGCAGUGUAGAAGGCCUGAGAAGUCUUCCUAUUUUCAUAGUACAGUCACAUUUGUAGGUUUGACUUUCACAUAUUUGAUUUGCAAUUUUGGUUAAAAUUUCCUUUCUAGAAAUCUCUA